GCAAAUAUUAUGCCUUUAAAAAAGUGUAACUAAUAACUAUCUACCAGUACAGGGUGAGACAACCUUGUCCAUCAAAUAAGAGAUUUUUAAAUGGCCAAAUGUAUCUUAUCUUUUAGAUCUCUCUGUGUUGUAUCUAUGCACUCUUGUUAUCUUAUAGAUCUCUAUGUUGCAGAAUACAGUGCAUUGGAAAUAAAGCAAAUUUGCAUAUCUGGCAUAGGGAAGUUGUACAAUAUGUGGAUGGAUUUGUUAUUACUUUUGCUCCUGAAAUUCAAACCCAUAUUUCCUAUCACAUACUUUAUUUCUGCUACUGAUAUUGGUCUGGGCUGCUGUGGUGUCAUGGCCGCCUUGUAUACACACAGAAAGCUGCCAUCUUGUGAAUGGCAGAAAAGUAACAGUUGGGUGCUACCACUACUGGUCAACUCAGAGCGGUUGAGUUUCUUAUGAGAGACGCAGUGCAUUUUGUUGCUCUUGCAAUUUUCGUGAGAUUUUAGUGCGAUUUUCGUGAGAUUUUGCCUUUCAGAGAGAUUUCUUGUGCUUUCUUUGAAUACCCCUUGCUGCGUAGAGGAAAGUGCUUUUAAGCAUAUUCUCUACUGCAAGCAUGGUGUCUGUAUCCAAGAAAAGACGAAGAGAAGAACAGAAGACUACAGAUGAAGAAAUGAUGACGAAGAAGAUCAAACUUGAGGAUAACAUCAGUAUUGCUGCAAAUGACCAUCAUGAGAAUACAGAAAGCAGCAGAAAGAGAUCAAGGAGCAGUGAUGACAGUGCCACUGUAGAAGAAGAAAGAAGCAGCCAGAAGCGACAGAGUAUUGAAGCUGAACACUUGCCAGAACACAUUAUAACCAACUAUGCGUUCCACUGGAGUCUCGGCCGAGGCUCAUUUGGCAAAGUGUUUUUGGCUUCAUUACCAACGAAGAAAGAACAAGUGGCUGUAAAAGUCAUCAGGAAGACACGCAGAGAAGAUCUGAAGGGCAUGAUCAAGAAGGAGGCCAGAAUCCUGAAAGUUACUUCCGGCAGUCCAUUCUUGUGCCAUGGCUAUGCUGCCUUCCAAACCAACCAAUACGCCUUCCUCGUCAUGGAGUAUGCAGGGGGAGGCAAUCUCAGGAAUCUGUUGUCCAUCAAGCAUCAGCUGAAAAAAAGACACAUCAUCUUUUACUCAGCAGAACUGAUUUGUGGACUUCAGUAUCUCCAUUCUCUAGGCAUCAUCCAUCGUGACCUGAAGCCUGAAAACAUCCUGCUUACCUGUGAAGGACACGUAAAGAUUGCCGAUUUUGGAGUUUCAGCAGAAGGAGUGUUUGACCGCAAAAAAAUUGGUGGAGUAAUAGGAACAAACUGGUACAUGGCCCCAGAGAUGCAAGCUAGCAAGAAAUACAAUGCAGCAAUAGACUGGUGGGCAUUUGGGAUGAUACUCAAUGAAAUGGCCACUGGUAGAUCCCCUUUUGAGAGCAACCAACAGGAUGUGAGAAGUUCCAAGCUCACUGAUAAGCCGGUGUUUCCUGAGUGGAUGAGUGAAACAUUGCAAGAUCUCCUGCAGAAGCUUCUGAAGAAAAGACCACACAAACGUCUUGGAGUGAAUGGAAAUAUAAGGGAACAUCCACUCUAUAAGAAAAUCAGUUGGGAAGAUGUUGAACGUCAAAGGAUUCCACCACCGAUCCGACUGGAAGAUGAUCAUCCUGAUGCAGAUAUCAACCUUCCAUUCCUGCAAUGCAACACCACUUCAGAUUCAGAUGACGGCAUCCUUGAAUGCUUUACAUAUCUGAAUCCCAGCUGGUAGGAGUGAGUAAGUUUGUGCUGUCAUGGCUUAGCCAUUAACAUCCUAUGCCAAUUUUUUUAUCUACUCAUUCCUAUACCUGCCGACUUGGUACCUGUAAGUCAUCCAUUGUUAUAACUAGCUGCACAUACAUUUCAUCUGCCAUUACCAUCAUUUGUGUUGUCCACCAGUUUGCCACAAAUCUACCAACACCUACUCAAACCUAAUCCGCAAAUGCAUUUUAUUAUGUGUGACCACCAUUGUCUACUUCACAUAGUUCUACCUGUGCCUACUCUUAUAGACCAUAUCACCAUCUGUUUCAACUGAAUGGACCAUUGCCUGCACUACCUGGCCUUACUGACACCUACUCCACCUGUAGCUACAACCCCAUCCUACCCAUUACAUCUAGAAAUAUCACUGCCUAUUUCAUCAGACUUUGCCUAGUCCACCUGACUUUACCAUCACUGGCCUUACCACCACCACCACCAGCAGCAACACUGGGUGUUUAUUUUAAAAAAAGCAGUAUGUUUGGUAACAUUUAAAAGCUUUGCGCAGUUGUCCCCACUUCUGACGAGAGGCCAUGUCCUUGGUAAGGGCAGUGGCCGACUGGGAGAUUUGUCACCUGUGAUUAUUUAUGCACAACUGCGAGUGAAAAAUUACUUAAAAAUGUGUCUCUAUUGGAGAUAACUGAAAUCUCUGGCAGUAAAACCAACAUAUCCUGAAGUUGACCCUGGUGGAAACUUUCAGUGACUUUGCAAUGUGUUGGCUUUACCACUAGCGAUUUCAGUUAUUUUUAAUAUACACAUUUUCAGCAGAUUUGUCUCAUUAAUAAAUAAAUAAUCGCGGGCGACAAAUCUCCGUGUAGGCCACUGCCCUAAGCCUAUGGGAUCAGGGGUAAUUUUAAGCAGUUUGGGCAAGAAUCCUAAGACUCCAUCUAAAUGGGGUGGAUCAAGUUCUUGACGUCUUUUCCCUAACCUGUCUGCAUAUGGAGAGGUUGGGAGUCAAUGCCUUGAAAUGCCUCACACUUAGGAAUUAGGAAAACAUAUAUGCAAGCUUUUAUUGUAAAAUUACCCCUUAUACCAAUGGCCAUAGGGUAGGGAAUGGGUGGGCCAAGGACAUGGCCACUUUAUCAGAAUUGGGUUAUGAAGUCCUGUGCAAAGUUUUAAAAUGUUAGCACAAACCGCAUAAAUAAUCCAUUAUCCAGGAAAGUAAAGGCUUUCAGGCAAUGGUUUGUUUAUAUUUCCAGGUUAUUUAUUGAUCAAAGUUUUUAGGUGCAGGUGGUGGCAUGUCCAGGUAGGUAGACAUAGGGUGAAUGGAGCAAGCAGGCAUAUAUCAGGUUGCAGACAUUGGGCCAGGUGGUGAAAGCUAUGGUACUGCAAGUUGAAGCUGGUUUUAUUCUGGUAAGAUUUUUCACACCAUCUGCUUUGCUACCUCCUAAUUCAUCUGGCCAUGCCACAUUCUGUUUUAGCUGGUAUGGGAUCUGCCUUUACCUGAUCUUCUUACCACCCACUCCAUCAUGCAGCUCCAUCACCUGUUUUAGUUUCCUGCUCUCUGUGGGUGCAUUACCACUUACUUUACUAUACCACAGUACAAGUGCUUUUAAUAUUGUACAACUCUAUCAACAUCUAUUACAGCUGGUUUUAACAGUUGCUUCUAUCCAAUCCUUUUGGGUAUACCACUGCAUAUUGUACUUCUCCAAACCACUGUCUUAGCCAUGAGUAUUACAUCUAAAUAGACACUGAUAUAACAUCUAUUGUGCAGUGGCUAAGGAGAUCUGCCUCAUGGCUACACAAACUUUUCACAUGGCCAUACCACUGCCUGCUCCUCUAUACCAUACUGCCACCUGUUCCAACUGAUAGGACCACUGCCUGUGCCAUCUGGCCUUACUAACACCUACUCCAUCUGCAUCUAAAUGUCAUCCUACUAGUUCCAUCUAACAAUAUCACUGCCCCUUUUGUCAGACCUUACCUGUUCCAACUGGGUCUACCAUCACUGGCCUAACCACCCGCAACAGUUGUCUCCGCUUAUGACGGGGGCCAUGUCCUUGGUAUGCCUAUGGGAUCAGGGGCAAUUUUAAGUGGUUUGCAUAAGAAUCCCAAGAAACCAUCUAAAUGGGAUGGAUCAAGUUCUUGACUCUCUUUCCCCUAAAGUAACAUCAUAUUAGGAAUUAAGACAACCUCUAUGCAAGCCUUGAUUGUAAAAUUACCCCUUAUACCACUGGCCAUAGGGUAGGGUUUGGGUGGGCCAAGGACAUGGCCACUCGAUCAUAUUGUGGUAAGAUCAACUUAGUAACCACUCCAUCAAGCAGCACACCACCACCUAUUUUAGUUUCCUGCUCGAUGUGGGUGUAUUACCACUUGCUCUACUGUACCACAGCACAAAGGCUGUUAAUAUUGUACAGCUACCUGUUUCCAAAGCUCUAUCAACAUCUAUUACAUCUGGUUUUAACACUGGCUACUGCCUAAUAGUUUUGGGCAUACCAACACUUAGUCUUGUCUUCAAACCACUCUAGCCAUAGACAUUAUAUCUGAAUAGACACUGAUUAUUACCUUAAAUAGCCUAGCCACUGACUUUUCGUUUAAUAUGUUCCAGAAAGGGGAAGGUUGCUACGGGCUAGGAAAUUGGGGCAAAGAGCAUUGGUACUAGUAGUGGGACAGAGGCUUGGGGAAGGGCAGUUUAUGGAUAGUUUACAGGAUGAUGUUGUCUGGGGUGUUCCUGGAACUCAUAAUGACAUGGAUGAAGUUGGUGAGUAUAACUGUGGGAAUAUGAAGGGGACCUUCACAAUGUUAUAGCGGAUGAUGUCAUCUGGAGUGUUCCUGAAACUCACAAUGACAUGGAUGAAUUUGGUGAGUAUAACUUCAUGUACAUUUAUUUAUACAUUAUGGUGUUUGUACUUUAAAUUAAACUUAUAAUAAUUGUUUUUUUUAUCGGUGUUGCUACCGCCGAGGGAUUACAAGUGCACAGUGGAAUUGGAACUUACUCCAGAAUUGUGACAGAACUGUCCAAGGGUACAAAUGUACAACCUGCAGAGGAUGAGGACCAGUUUCUUCAUUUGGAGUGAAAGAAGAAAGAAUAAGAAGACACAGGGAAGCAGCCAGAGAGAAGAAGACCUUCAGUAUCAGCAGCAACUAGGAGACACACAGCCGGCAGGGCCAUCAAGACAAGAGACUUUAACAAAGCUAGAUGAUCAGAUUGUAAUUCAAAUAAAAUACUUUUUUUCCCAAAAUGUUUUGAAAUGUUUUUGUGGUCAUUAUACCAUAUCAUGUUAGAAAGAAUUGAUCGUAGUAUAUUUG